AUGUCCGAGUACAGUUAUGCCCACGAGGUCCCGCGCCGGCACCGCACCAGCACCCGGGAGCCCGAGUAUGUGACGGAGACGACGUACAUUGAGCGCGGCGGCCGUGGAGCACCGCCAGUCCGCGAUCUCGUCUACCGUCCUGCCCGCGAGGACAGCAUCGAGGACAUUCCGCGCGACUUCCCUCCGCCAGGCUCCGAGUACCGUCAGACCAAGUACCGCGAGGAGUAUGCCCCGCCGCGCCGCACCCGCUCAGUCAACCGCGGCUACGACGACGACGACUACUAUUAUGGCCGUCGUGACCGUGGACGUGGCCAUCGUGACCGCGACUACGAUGACUACUCUGAGUAUUCUGAGCGCCCCAAGCCCUCUCGCCGCAAGUCUAUUGUCGACCAGGUCAAGGACUUUGGUGAGGCAGCCGGUUUGGGUGGGGUCAUUGGCGCAGUCACGGGACGCAGCCGCUCACGCCCACGCCGUGACGACCGCGGCUACGACAGCGACAGAUACUAUGAUGACCGUCGCAGCCGAUACGACUCGAGGUCCCGUAGUCGCAGCCGUGGAGGUCGCAAGUCGGACAAGUGGGAGCAGGCUGCCAAAGCCGCCAUUGUGGCCGGUGCCGUCGAAGCCUUCCGCAGUCGCAAAGAGCCCGGCCCCUGGACAGGCGCAAAGGGACAGCGGAUUGCUACUGCCGCUCUCGGCGCUGCUGGUAUCGACAGUCUGAUCGACAAGGACCCCAAGGAGCAUGGCAAGCGACAUGUUGCCGAGUCGGCUCUGGGCGGUCUUGUUGCCUCUCGUCUUGCCAAUGGCUCCCGCUCCCGCUCUCGUGCUCGCGGCCGUGAUGACUCCAGAUCACCCUCUCCACGUCGCUCCCGGUCUAGAUCCAGGUCCAUCUUUGGUCGCUCUCGCUCCCGUGGACGCUCAGCCUCUCGCAAUGGUGAGCACGAGGACGGCAAUGGCAUGGCCAAACUCGCUGGUACCGGAGCGGUCAUCGCAGCAGGCAAAGCUCUCUACGACCGUGUGCGUUCCAAGUCACGCUCUAGAAAAGAGCGCUCCCGCUCCCGUUCCCGCUCCUCUAGCAGGGACAGCUAUGUACCAUCGCGUCGGGGCAAUCGCCGCUCGUACAGUCGAGGCCGCGAUCGCAGACUAGCCGCAGCAGGCGGUGCAGGAGCCGGUGCCCUCGCAGCCACUGGCGGAGGCGGACAAUUAGUGAACCGCCAACGAGGCCGUAGUUCUAGCAGCGAAUCCGAAUCGUCGACGGACAUGGAGGAGCGCCGCAAGAAGCUACGAGGUAAGGAGCUCAUCACCGCCGGACUAGCCACGGUCGCCACCAUCCACGCCGCACACGGAGUCUACAGUUCCAUGGUCGCAUCCGAAAACCGCCGCAAGCAAGUUUCGGAAGGCGAGAUCACGCCUGAAGAAGCACGCAAACGCAAAUCGAAGAAUAUGCUCCAAGACGCUGCUGCCGUGGGUAUCGCCGCCCUGGGUAUCAAAUCCGCCUACUCUGAGUGGAAGGAGAUGAAUGAGCAGCGUCAUAGUGUGAAGGAGCUCGAGAUUCGCCGCCGCAAGCGCAGAAAGGCGCGCGAACGACGGGAGAGGGAGGCCCGGCAGAAUGCCUUCAACGAUCUCGGUAUGGGUGGCGCGUCCAUGGCUAAUCCGUACGCAUAUCCUGUAGCUGCACAACCUUAUCCGACGAGUUAUGCGGACUCGAAUUCGUAUGGUGGUAUGCCUCCGCCGCCGAUGGGUGCGAGGUACUAG